GACAGCCAAGGCAGGAGCCGGACGGGAGGACAAAGAAGAGGAGGAAGCAGCACGUGGGGGUCGCUCGGUCCCAGGAUGGCCGGUGAGUCCUAGGGAUGGACUUGGGCAGGAGGAAACCCCAAGCCAACGCACUCAGCCCCUGUUUCCCCCCAGCAGGAUUUGUCCUUCCCAAAGCUUGGGCGGAUGGAGGAGGAGGCUGCAAGGAAGAUGCCUCAGGCCCCCCAGGCAGGUGAGGAGGAAGUCAGUGCCCCUUUGGCCCUGUCUUGUGGUGCAUCUGUUGAGCAGCCUCCCAGCAGGGAGAAGCCCUUCAGGUGCUUGGAAUGUGGGAAGAGCUUCAGGGAGAGCUCCAAGCUCAUCACUCACCAGCACAUCCACACUGGGGCACGGCCCUACAUGUGUAGGGAAUGUGGGAAGAGCUUCAGGAACAGCUCCAACCUCCGCGCCCACCAGCUCAUCCACACUGGGGAACGGCCAUACAUGUGUAGGGAAUGUAGGAAGAGCUUCAGGCAGACCUCCCACCUGAUCCAACACCAGCUCAUCCACACUGGGGAACGGCCCUACACGUGUAGGGAAUGUGGGAAGAGCUUCAGGCAGAGCUCCCACCUGAUCCAACACCAGCUCAUCCACACUGGGGAACGGCCCUACAAGUGUGAGGAAUGUGGGAAGAGCUUCAGUGACAGCUCCAACCUCCGCACCCAUCAGCGCAUCCACACUGGGGAGCAGCCCUACAAGGGCUUGGAAUGUGGGAAGAGGUUUCAGACCAGCUCACAUCUCCUCCUGCAUGAGCAGACACACACAGGGGAGAGGCACUUCCGCUGCACCGACUGCGGGAAGGGCUUCAGCCAGAACUCUACCCUUGUCACCCACCGGCGCAUCCACACCGGGGAGAGGCCCUAA